AUGCAAUUCAGACGGCGUGAUGAAGAUCAUGCUGCACGGUCUCUUUCUCCGAAGUUGCGUUCCCACCACCGGCUUGAUUCAGCUCCAGACUUGGUUCGGAGAAACCGUGUUGAUGGGUUGGAUCGGUUGCCAGUUCAGCAGAGGAAGUUGAAUCCUCUGAGAGGGGAUAUUGAUGGCAACAAAAGGGGUGGUGAUGGAUUUGAAGGUAGGGAUUCGGACUGGCAUUUGAGUGAUCGGAGAAGUGGUAGGGUUCAAUCGAGGUCCCCUCCGGUUGAUCAAAUGAGGAAAAGGUCACAUUUUGAUGAUGGGGUUGACCAUAGAAGUUCUUCACCAUCAUCUUUAGGGUUGAGACCUAAAUAUGAGUAUUCAAAAUCUAUGGAUUACAGUGGUGUUGAUGAUGAAAAUUUGGAUGUGAAGCGUGUUUAUGUCAAUAGAGAGAAGAGCUUCAUUGAAAGCAGGUUAGGUGGUGGAAAGAGUACUGUGGAUCAGAGGUUUUCGAGAAAUGGAAAUGAAGUAGGAGGUUCAUAUAGGUCUAUUCCGGAUAUCGGUGUAAGUGUACAAUCACAAUAUGAGGAAGACGGUGGGAAAUUUCAUCCGCUGUCAAGGAGAGUGCCAACUGAGAGAUUUGCGUAUGAAAGGCUACAACACCGAGAGCAUUUACCUGUGGAUAAGAUACCGAUCACAGAACCUCACCGUGGGGCUGAUAAAAGUAAAACAAUGUUUCAUACAAGGGAUGCUUCCUAUUCGAAAGAAUCUCCCUCUUAUGCAAAGGAUUUUGCAGGCACUUCUCACUUGAGGGACUAUGGGAAUUCCUCCGUGGAAAUGAGGAGUGAUUUUCUAUGCUCGCACGGCGACUGUGUCUGCUCACGCUCAUCUUAUGAUCAGCCUAGGGGUAGCGGAAAACUUGCUGAAGGUGUAGGGUUUAGUGGACGUGGCCAAAGGCCACAUGUAGACACUAGUAGAGGUCCUGAAAUUCGUGAGAGGAAUAUUACGUGCCAUCAGUGUGAGCUUAGUCCCAGUCAUACCAGGAUUGAGCAUUCAGAUUAUUUUAAUUCCAGAUUACAUUCAAGAGCAGCACAUGACGAAUAUUUAUAUCAGUAUGAUGAUAUACCUAGAAGGGUAGAUCCUCAUGGUCGAUUGGACUAUGAGCAAGCUGUAAUAGAAUAUGAUAACAGGGAGUUGUCCAGACAUUAUAUUUCACACCCAGAUAUAGAUAGAACUGGUAAGAGUGAAGAUUAUUAUGGAAAUCCAAGAAGGGGUGUUAUGCAUGAGCAUGACCACUCUACAUCAGAGAAUCCAAAAUAUGUAGACUAUCAUGAUAUGAGAAGAACAUCAGUUGCAUCAAAGCAGGGAAAUGCCUAUUUGCGUUCUGGAUAUAAUCAUACUGAAAUUGGGAAAAGAAUGCCAAAUGAUUAUGAGGUUUCAUAUCAGGAUGCACCAGAAGCUGAUCAUCAAAUAUCAAAUUUAAGAACAGAAUAUAAAUUUGGAAGAGAUGGUGCUCGAGGGCUUCAACAAGAAAGGUAUCAGAGUUCACCUCUGUCUAAGCAUGAUUCAGAAACCUACAGACAAGCUGCCAGAGUGCAGGAAAUGAAUCAGGAUGUUGGCAUUCAUAACCGUUCAGAUAGACAUAUGAAAAGAAAAUACUAUGCCAAUGAGGAAAUAGAUGUGCAUGAUUUGAGAACAAUAAAAUCAAGUAAAUGGGAUGACACACCUGAUGAAUAUGAAGAUUAUUAUGUAAAUGAAGAGUGGGUCGAUGAUGAAGAUAUGAAUAUGUUGUACUCAUAUGAUAAUGUUGGAUCCAAGCAUAAGAUAUACAGAAAGCAUAAUAAUAAAUACAAUGAGUUGGAGAGUGAAGAAGGUUUUCCUUCUAACAAUAGGAUAUCACCUGAAGGUUCUAUGGAACGUGUUCAAAGACCACCAUUUCUAUUUCAGAAGUAUUCCAAUCAAAAUAUGAGACAUUCAAAGUCGAGUUCAUCAAACUGGUAUAAAUCUCAGCAUUUUUCUAGAAGAAAUGCAAAUCAGAAACAGCCUAAAGGUUGGAAAAAGUAUCAUGGAUACAAUGAGAACAAGCAUACAACUAAUGACGAGUCAUAUGAAGAUUUGGUUAGUGCUGCAGAACCUCAGCCAACUGAGGACUCUGAGGAAUUUUUACAAAUGGUACAUGAGAAUUUCUUAAUGUACUCCAAGAAGUUGAAUUUGAACUUAUCUGUCCAAAGAAGGUAUCAGAAACAAGGAAAAGCUGGUGCUUUGUACUGCAUUGUAUGUGGUAGAAGUUCCUCAAAGGAAUUCAUGGACACCCGAAGCUUAGUAACUCAUGCUUUUAUGUCCCAUAAGCCUGGCCUGAGAGCUAAACACCUGGGUCUUCACCAAGCAAUAUGUGUUAUGAUGGGAUGGGAUACCGCUGUUCCUCAAGAUACAGUAACUUGGGUUCCCCAGGUCUUGUCCCAUCCUGAAACUUUGGCUCAAAAGGAGGAUUUGAUUCUUUGGCCACCAGUUGUUAUCAUACAUAAUAUUUCGAUGUCAGAUGACAAUCCUCAAAACUGGAAAGUUAUAAGUAUGGAAACAAUUGAGGCAUUUAUAAGAGGCAAAGGUUUUGUGAGGGGACGGAUCAAACUAUGCUUGGGGAAGCCCGCAGAUCAAAGUACUAUUCUGGUGAAGUUUUUGGGCACAUUUGUUGGGCUGGGAGAUGCAGAAAGGAUUCAUAAAUAUCUUUCUGAUAACAACCGGGGGAGAGCCGAAUAUGAGAAGGUAAAAUCCGAAGGUGUCAAAAGCAGUAACAUCAAAGAGACGGAUCAGGGAGACAAAGUGGAGAGUUUGCUUUAUGGUUAUGCGGCGAUUGCGGAGGACUUGGAGAAACUAGAUUUCAAUAGCAAGAGUUGGAGUUCGGUAAAGAGCAGGAAGGAGAUUGACGACCUGGAUAAGGCUCCUGUUAAAACCGACGACAGGCAAUGA